AUGGCGUCGUUCCCACCCCCACUCGCCAGCUCGCCUCCCGCACCCUCCCUCCCGCUCAUCGUGCUCACCGACGACGAGCUCGCCCACGCCCCGCACGAGGUCCUCGUCUCGCUCGUCGCCCGCCUCCAGGACGAGCACGCGCGCGUCGCCGACAGGGUCGAGCGGCUCGAGCAGGAGGGCAAGGAGGACCGCGACGAGCGGCGCAGGUUGGACAAGGAGCUCGAGGGCACGAGGACGAGGGUCGACGAGCUGCUCGCGGAUCAGGCCAGGAUGGACGAGGAGCUCGGCGGCCGCAUCGAGGUGCUCGACAAGCUGCGCGCGUCGGUGCGCACGCUCGAGCGCGAGAAGCGCGACGCGACCAAGCGCUACCGGGAGCAGUCCGAGACGUUCGAGUCGGAGCGCCAGGCCUGGUACGACCAAGAGCAGCUCUACAAGUCGCGCCUGUCCAACCUCGCGACGGGCGGCAAGCGGCCCAGUCGCGCCUCGCGCAAGCCCGCUCCAGCCGUCAACGACCGCCUCGACGAGACCGACGCCGAGGCCGACGAGCCGCCCGAGACGCCGCGUGCCGACUUUGUGCCCCUCUCGCGCUCGGCCACGUCGUCGCCAUCGCCGUCCGCGUCGUCGACCCGCUCCGACACGGCCUCGACCUCGGCCACGUCCGAGUCGACCUCGUCGCCCUCCUCCGCCGAGCUCGCCCUGCGCGACCAGCUCGACACGCUUACGACGGCGCACUCGUCGCUGUCGUCGACGCUGCACAAGCUCCAGGUCGAGAUGGCCGACCUCAAGCGCGUCUACCAGGACGUGCAGGAGCAGAACGAGUCGUAUGAGGUCCUCCUCGGCGAGCGCACCUUGUCGGGCGAGGUCCGCACGACGGCUCUCUUCCGCCAGAGCUUCUCGUGGGGCGAGAGCGGCCUCGCUGGCGGCGACGACGGCGACUGGCACCACGGCGGCGGCGGCGGUACGGCGGCGACGGGCGACGUCAAGUACGCGAGCGCGUUCGGGUUCGCCGGCGGGCUCGACCCGGUCGGCGAGGAGGGCGAGCUGCCGCUCAGCAGCGACGAGGAGCUGUCGAGCGACGACGGCGGCGAGCUCGACGACGACGAGGACGAGAUUGAGCGCGUCCUGCUCGAAAGCAAGGGCGUCGGCAGCCCGCACUCGGGCGCCGUCGCCGCCGAGCGCGCCGAGCGUCGGCGCUCGCGACACGCGGCCAAGCGUGCGUCGGUCGUCGCCGGCGCAGGAGGAGGAGGGCUCGACCUCGCCGCCGAGCUCGAGGCGGCCGCCGAGCAGACCGAGGUCGACGAGGGCGCCGCCGAGCGUCUGCGCGCCAAGGAGACGCGGCGCGACAAGCGCCAGGAGGAGCGGCGGCGCAAGAAGGCGGCGGCGUCGCAGCAGCAGCGCGACGGCAGCCUCGCCGGGCCCACCGACGUCGAGCUGCACAACGAGGUGCGCCAGCUGCGCGACGCCAACAAGGCGCUCACGCUCUACGUCAGCAAGAUCGUCGACCGCGUGUGCUCGCAAGAAGGGUUCGAGAAGGUGCUCGCCGUCGACUACCGCAACACGCCCAAGCCCGCCGACCCGCUCGCCUCGCCCGGGACGCCUGGCCCGCCCUUGCCCGACAAGAAGCCUCGCCCGGUCUCGAUCGGCUUCUUCCGCUCGACGGCGCCGACCACGACGACCCCGUCCGCCGCCGUCACCUCCACCCCUGCCCGCCGCACGGACCCCUCGACCCCGCUCUCGACCGCCUCGUUCGUCACGGCGCCCUCGGCCACGCCCGCCUCGCCGACCGUCAACGGCCCGCGCAAGUCUGGCGGCGGCGUCUGGGACUCGGUCGCGUCCGUCUUCUCGCUCGGCCGCUCGACCUCGUCGGCGACCGGUCCGCCCUCGUCGCCCGCCGUCGCGCCGAGCGCCGGCGGCAUCAAACCCCUCGUCCUCGCCGACGCGCAGGCGCGCAAGGUUGAGUUCGGCGACGAGUUCGAGGACGACGAGGACCGCCGAGAGCGCGAGCGCAUCCGGGCCGAGAUGGUCCACCUCGGCUUCGACCCGCCGCCGACCUCGAGGCUCGCGGCGGCCGCUCCUGGCGGUGGCGGCAGCGCACUCGGCGCGAGUUCUCGCACCUCGUCGACGUCGACGUCGCCGCUGCCGUCGCCGUCGCUCGGCGGGCGCUCGCCGGGCGAGAGCUCGAUCCGGGAGCACGAGCGGGCCCGAGCGCUCGAGGCGCUCGAGAAGCAGGACGCGGCGCGAGGGACGACGCUCACCGAGCUGCCGCAGCGGAGGAUGAGCCUGCUCGGGCAGCAGCAGCGUCGGCAAGGGUCGCGCGCGAGCCUGAGCUCGAGUCCGAGCCCGAGCCCGAGCCUGAGCGGCGACGUGGGCCUUGGGAUCGGGCUCGAGGGGGCGCCGGCGGGUCAGGAGGGCACGUCGUCGUCGCCGCCGGUAUCGGAAGGAGGAGCGCGCAAGGCGCUCAGGCGGCUCUCGUCGGCGUGGUCGAGCCCGCCGCUCGGUUCUUAGCUUUUUCGUCCUCCUUCUCCUCUCUCUCUCUCUCGUUCGUCACCUCGCAUCCUUAGUAGUCAUCGCGCGUCGUUAUUGCAUUGCGUUGGGCAGAGCGCUGGUGCU